CCUCAGCACUGAGGUCCAGGCCUCUGACCACUUCCUUGUCUCAGACACGUGCCCAGCUCUUCCGCAGCCUGGGAGCUCCGAGGGCAGGGCUUGUGUCCCCUUCUUCCUUGGGCUCGGCAUGUCCUGGGCGCUUAUUCUCCAGGCGUGUCAGAAUAGGUCAGCUGGAGCCAGUGGCAGACACAGUCAGGCUAAGAGCAUCUUGCUCUCCAAGGCCCAGCCCAGGCAAGGGAGGGGAUAAAAGUCUUGUGCCGGGGCCUCAGGGCAGGAACUCACACACCUUGACUCUCCUCUGUCUGUCUGCAGCUUGUGACUUUGGGUCCCUGCCAUGUCUCUUUCUCCCUGCCGGGCCCAGAGGGGCUUCAGUGCGAGCUCAGCCUGUUCUGCCCUCUCCAGGGGCAGAGGCAGGAGUAGCUUCAGCAGCAGGAGCCUCAGUUCCUUUGGGAGAUGCCGAGGAAGCUCUCGUGGAAUGGCCUGGGGGUCAGGGGGAAGGCUGGGGGUGCGGUUUGGGCAGGGGAGUGGUGGGCCUGGGCUUUCCCUGUGCCCUCCGGGGGGCAUCCGGGAAGUGACCAUCAACCAGGCUCUGCUGUCGCCAUUGAAGAUUGAGAUUGAUCCCCAGUUCCAGGUGGUGAGGACUCAGGAGACCCAAGAGAUCAGAACCCUCAACAACCAGUUUGCUUCCUUCAUUGAUAAGGUGCGGUUCCUAGAGCAGCAGAACAAGGUCCUGGAGACCAAGUGGGAGCUGCUGCAGCAGCUGGGGGUGAGUGACAGCCCUCGGGGCCUGGAGUCUUUCUUCGAGGACUUCCUGGCCCAGCUCAGAAAGCAGCUGGAGGAGCUCCAGAGACAACGAGGGGCUCUGGACGCCGAGCUGAAGUUCUGCCAGGACCAGGAGGAGGAGUACAAGGCCAAGUAUGAACAGGAGGCUCACAAGCGGGCCACCGUCGAGAAUGACUUUGUGGUUCUCAAAAAGGAUGUGGACGAAGUGUUCCUGAGCAAGAUGGAGUUGGAUGGCAAGCUGGACACUCUGAGGGAGUACAUUUGCUUCUUGAGGCGUCUGUAUGAAGAAGAGCUGGGUCAGCUCCAGACCCAGGCCAGCGACUUGUCUGUGGUGCUGUCCAUGGACAACAACCGCUGCCUGGACUUCAGUGAAAUCAUCGCCGAGGUCCGUGCCCGGUACGAGGAGAUCGCUCAGGCCAGCAAAGCUGAGGCCGAGACGUUGUACCAGACCAAGUACCAGGAACUUCAGGCGUCUGCCCAGCUGCAUGGGGACAGCAUGAAGGACACCAAAAUCCAGAUCUCUCAGCUGCAGCAGGCCAUUCAGAGACUGCAGAGUCAGAUUGAGAACCUCAAGAAGCAGAAUGCCAACCUGGAGGCCAAUGUGGCAGAUGCUGAACAACGUGGGGAGCUGGCUCUUAAAGAUGCUCAGACCAAGCUGGCUGAACUGGAGGCCGCUCUGAGAACCACCAAGCAGCAUAUGGCCCGGCUGUUGCAUGACUAUCAGGAGCUGAUGAGCACAAAGCUGGCCCUGGACGUGGAGAUCGCCACCUACCGCAGGCUGCUGGAGGGCGAGGAGUGCAGGAUGUCUGGGGAAUGCACCAGCCAGGUCACUAUCUCCAUGGGGGGAGGCAGUGCCAUCCUGCCUGGAGGAGCUUGUGAUAGCACUUGUGGACUUGGGGGCAGAAAAGGCACUUUUGGGUCCAGCUGCUCCAGCGUCGUGACUGGAGGCUCCAGUGUGGUCCUGGGCUCAGGGCAGGGCCCUGUUAUGGGCUCUUGCUCUGUGUCUGGCUCUGGCUCGGGCUCUAGCUGCCACACCAUCCUGAAGAAAACAAUUGAGUCAAGUCUUAAGACAUCUGUCACAUACUGAAUGCCAUGGCGACCGCCUGCUCCACUGCCUUCCUGAACUCGCUCAGCCCUGGCCCCACCCCUUACCCCCAUCCCUGCAUGGCCAUUUCUGUGUCCACUACCCACACGGGAUGCUGUAAAAGUCAAUAAAGUCAUGCCUACCUGCUCUUCUGAGUGCUCCCCCA